CGAUGUAAACAAGACGUCGAAGGAAGAUCCAACUCCUUUUAACUCGGCUUCCAUUCGUCUAUAAUAGAAUUCGAUCUUCUUAAAACCUUCCUUAAUCGAAUCCAAAUCUUCCUUUGAUGGAUGUGAUUCCUCCAAAACCUCCUCCCGAGCUAUUUCCACCCCUUCCUUCCGCCGCUUAUAGUUGGCAAGAUGGCAGUGAUGGAAGGACCUCUGAGCAAGUGGACGAACGUCAUGAAGGGCUGGCAGUACCGCUGGUUCGUCCUAGAUGACAGCGCAGGACUCCUCUCCUACUACACGUCCAAGGAGAAGAUGGUGAGAGGAGCACGCAGAGGGUGCGUGCGUCUCAAGGGAGCAGUGGUUGGGAUUGAUGAUGACGACGAUUCCACGUUCACCAUCACUGUGGACGCCAAGACGUUCCACUUCCAGGCACAUGAUCCAGACGAGCGGGAAAAGUGGAUCCGUGGACUGGAAGACACCAUUGUCAGACAUACACCGUCCAUUAGGAGGUGGGAUCCCUCCAAACCAGCCCCCACCAUGGCAGACUUUGACAAGAAGCUAACGGAGAGCGACGCAUACCUGCAGCUGCUUAUUGACCAAACAACCGUACUGGAGAAGCACAUGCUGACGACGGAGGAUGAGGCCGACAGGCAGCGCUGCCAGGCAGUCAUCGGAAAUAUCAACAACGUGUUGGAGUCUAUUAAGCAUUCCAUUGUGCUGCUGCAGAUCGCCAAAAACACUGCUUUUCCAGUCAAUGGUGUUUACCAUCCAUGCAAUGCCAUUCCUGAGGGAACGUCUCCUUCUGCGUCAUCUUUGGGAGGAGCAAGCAUCGGCGGAGGGGGAGGAGGAGUGGAGGGGUUGUCUGAUGGAGGAGGAGGAGGAAUGAGAGGAGUGAUCUCGUCCUCAACCGGGGAGGCUGGAGUACCACUCACUGUUUCCCCGACAGUGCAAACGGGGAUUGAAGUGGGUCGGGAGUGUGCAGAGGCAGCCAAUGCGCUUGUAGGAAUGCGCCAGAGAAGCCCAGUUCCCAGUGCCCUCGUCCCUCCAGACAACGUUGUGCCGGAAACCUCCUAUUCUAGCUCCGAAGAUGAGGAUUUCUUUGAUGCCGACGAGUUUGCCAAUGCAACGCCAACUCAGAGCCCAAG